AUGGCUUCCACUACUAUUCUCCACGAUACUGCACUAGCCGCACUGGCAGAUGGCGAUGUCAUCUAUCUCUAUUUCCAGGCCUCAAGCGGCUACCUAUGCGAGGCUACCUUGACCCCCGGACAGCCACAGGUAGCCUACACCAUCACCAACUUGCGCGCCGCUGAUAUAAAGCUCUAUACUCCAAUUUCAGCUACGUUUGGAAAGAAUACGGAAGAGAGAUACAUCUUCUAUAUCGACACAGACGGCAUUCUCAACAAUGCCGUUUACAAAAAUGACACCUGGUGCAGAGGAUUUCUGCGUGGUCAAUCCAUCAUUCCGGCCCACUAUUCCAAGAUCGCCGCGGUCAAGUCCUGCGUUUGUGACGAUGAGAUACAUGUUUUCUACCAGACUACGGAUCGCAACGGAGCCAUCCGUCAGGUGACCGGAUACGAGAAUCGAUGGGUGCUGGAUCGGCGAGAUCUUGGCAGCAAAGUCCUUACCGGUACUGGCCUGGCCGCCGUCCACGCCGAGUUGGGCAUCGACAUCACGACCGGGACGUCGGAUUCGAACAAGCCGCCCGUGGUAUUCUUCCAGCAGACGAACUUGGGUCUGACAUGGCUACAGGAUGCAGCAACGCGAAAGGUCGGCGGUGUCGUAACUAAAGCCUCUCCACACACGCCGCUGGCUGCUACCGACGCCGUAUCCACCAAUUUAAAAGACGUCUUCCUUUUCUUCACCUCUAGCGCAAAUGAAAUUAAGCGUCUCGCUGUAGGGUCGGAUGGACAGGAGGUUGUCUCUACUGAGCUUCUGACAACCACGCCAAAAGGCAAUCUCGCCGCGGUCGUCAGGAAGUCGUCGACGAACUCGACGGACGCGCAGGUUAUUCUCUUCUACCAGUCUACGAACCCGCCGAAAAUUCACCAGUCGACGAUAAGUGAUGACGAUGGUGGAAACUGCGUUUGUAAAACUAGGUAUACCGUCACCGAGUACAGUGGGGUGGCUAUAUUCUCUGACCCCGAAGUCGACCACAUUGCUAUGAGAUUCGAAUGA